CAGACCUCAGAUCCGCACGGCGGGCACCACGCACCGACGGCGCCGCGUGACCGAUCCCACUCCCGAGCGCUCCGCCAUGCAUUCCCCGCUGCGGGCCGCGCUCCUGCUCCUCGGCCUGCUGCUCGGCCCCGCCGCCGCCCGGGCCCCGCGCCCGUUCAGCGGCUUCUCCUGGGAUAACUGUGACGGGGGGAAGGACCCCGCCGUGGUCAGGAGCCUGACUCUGGAGCCCGACCCCAUCGCCGUGCCCGGGAACGUGACCAUCAGCGUGGACACCAAGACCGCAGUGGCCCUCAGCAGCCCACUGAAGCUGGAGCUGACCGUGGAGAAGGAGGUGGCCGGCUUCUGGGUGAAGAUCCCAUGUGUGGAGCAGCUGGGCAGCUGCACCUACGAGGACGUGUGCAACACGCUGGCCAUGCUCGUGCCCCCCGGGCAGCCAUGCCCUGAGCCACUGCGCACCUACGGGCUGCCCUGCCACUGCCCCGUGAAAGCCGGCACCUACACGCUGCCCCGGAGCGACUUCCCGCUGCCCGACCUGGAGCUGCCCGGCUGGCUCAGCAACGGCCACUACCGCGUGCAGGGCGCACUGAGCCGCGAUGGCCAGCGGCUGGGCUGCCUCAAGCUGGCCGCCGCCCUGAAGGGCCGCUGAGGGGCUGGUCAGGCGCACGGGGGGCUCGGCCCUGGCCCUCGGCGUCGCCCUGCUGCCCCCACUGACCUCCCAAGCC